CUUGAAGGUCUUCCAUUUCCUUCCCCAUUUAGUACUCAGAAAAGAAGUCAUGGCUCGCGACAUCGUGAAAGCGGCUAAGUCCGCAUCCAAUGUGAUAGCCGUUCAUAAGAAAUAUACUGUUCAAUCCACUGGGAUAUGGGAACGCAUUCGCCGCCUCCUUGCCGUCGACCCGACUCGCUCCACGGGUGUUCCGUUGAACGCUCAGUAUCGUCUACCGACCCCUGGAGCUCUUCCUCCUCUAUCCUACGAUGAUCCGGUUACUGUUCCGGCCGGUGAUUUGGCUGACAACCCUUAUUGGAAACGUGAUGCUCGGAGGAAUUACCCCCGACUCAGUGCGGUCAGUCAGGCGGAUGCUGUGGGCCUGCUCAGUGUAGGCAGUCAAGCUGCCCCCAAGGACGAUGUCCUUCAGAUCGGCGAGGCAGGAGAGAAACAAUUGGUGUCCGUGAAGCAACAGGCCGAAGAGCGCGGCCUUGCUGGUCUGUUUGAGAAGGACAAGAAUGGAAUCAAGGAAGUUCUGGGCGCUAAUGGUCUGCCUCCGCUGCCAUGCAACUUGAACCCUGCUGGUAGCAAAUAUCAGCUCGGCCAUGACCAUGGCUACCCCAGUGUCUACCCCUGCCGCACUUUCGUUUAGCUUGUCUAUGCAGCAUUCGGGUACAAUAUUGAGAUAAAUGCAAUUGUACUUACUUUCCC